AUGGCUGCUUCGCUUCCGGGCUACGGCAAUCUCCGUAUCAAAUCACUUGGCGGCGUUGAUAAAUACCUUAACAUCGAAAUGUCUCAGAACUAUGACUACGAUAUCCCUGACGACAUCGAGCCUGAAGCUCUGUACGAAGAAUUUGAAUAUCUUAUCGAUCAAGUUGCCAAGAUGCUGAAAGAGCAACCUGCCAAUCAUGAUGUGUUCGAUCAGGUGCUCGUGGAGACUCUAGCCACGAUGGUUUAUGGCUCAAACUUGAUUGAAAGCGCUGGGGCAGGGUUUGGCAUCACAAAGAAGCUCUGCGAGUCAAUAUUCAAAAGCGAGGAGAUCCGCGAAGAAAUUAUAGAGCGGGACAAUGACUACGAGCUUCUAAAACAAGACCUAAGGGCUAUGAAUCUGCCCCAUGGUUUUCUGGCAGUUCUUCAAAGUUAUCGCGAGAUCAUCCAGCAUGCCAAAGCUACUCGAUAUAUGAUUCAACAGGUCUACCUCGACGGUAAAGACCUAUCUGAGGGGAUAAUAAUGGAGGCACACAGAAUCCUGACGUUCAAGAUUGACACGGACUAG